CCGAAGAAGAAUUAAAGAAAACACAUUCUGACUUGAUGAAUAAAUUAAGCUUGAUGUGUUUUUCUCAAAAUGUAGAUAAAAGAGCCGCAUCUGAUAAGCCACUGCCAACCCUUCCUAAGGCAUGAGACUUUAAACGAUUAUUAGCUAUAAUUUGACAGCAUGAAUGUUUUGAAACUUUAACUUUUUCUUUCUGCAGAAUUCCGAAACAGUGGAGAAGAGGUCGAAGGAUGUGCCUUCUAAUGAGGAGGAAAAAACCCUCUAAAAAAAUCAAAGGUUAAGAAAAGGAAGAGGAGCUCUUCCCCACCAGAAAGCGCAGCCCAACAGGGGUUGGCGGAGACAAUAAAAACUGUUGUGCCACUAACUGUAAGGCCGGAAAAUUUAGCUUAGGAGGAAAUGACUGCCUCCAGCCAGAAGAAAACAAACCCGGCCCCGACCAAGGGUAAGGACAAAGUUGAAGGGUGAGCUGAGACUCCGAUACAGCCAGUGGAGGAGGUAUAUAACCGUCGUGCUGAAAUCCUACCCUAUAGUCAUGAUACUCUCUUCACAGAGUUAGGCCAUAAGGGUAUGGUGGCUCGGUAUCACCGGGCCACUAAGAAUAUAAUCAGCGAGGUUGACAUGGACUACCUGGAUACCGUCCAUUCCAGGGAAAGAAUCGGUGAGUUGCAGUCUAGCGCUGCUGAGACCUUUCUGCGGAUGACCUUCGAGUUAUCCUUAGCUCAAAAGAGUGUUGUGGACCGGAAAACACUGGAUUCCCUGACCUACAUGUUUGAAGAACGAAAAGACGAAUUGAUGAAGUUAAGGGAAGAGGUCGGGGAACUCCCGGGAUUCAAAGAGACAUUGGCUAGGUGCGUGGAUCUUAAAGAGCGCCUAGCCAAGAUCGAACAAUGACAAAUCCACGCCAAAGGUCAGCCGUAUGCUUCAGCGGAAAACCUGGAAAAAGCAAGUCGUCAUCAGCCAUGACACGGGAAGGCUGGCUGCUGGACAUACAUGACGAAUUGGUUCAUCAAAACCAACAUCUCGGCAAACAGGUUUUGGAUGACAUGGAUAGAUACCAGGUCUUGUUGGAAGCCGCCCGAUUUCUUAAGCUGCGGUCAGAGAGAAGAGCUAGGAUAGCUCGGGAUUGGUUAGUUUCUGAUGAAGCGUCUGGUUUCAUUGGUAACUGAACUUCUGAAAUGAUGAACGCUAAUUCCCAGGUUAGCGAUAAGAAACACCGGCUGAUCGCAACAAAACUGGUGUCGACUUUAAAGCUUUUAGUUGAUUGGAAAAGCUAUCAACAACUUGGCAUCAAUCCUAGAGCAAGAGUCGCAAUCCUUGUUGACCCGGCAUGGGAUGCCGCAGAGAAGGGGGAGUGGUCUAAAAAGAUUAGUGAGGAGAGGGAGGUAGUUUCUCUGCUCCUUAAUCUGGACAAAUUGACCGUGAACUCUCCCUCAAUUCCUGAACUUCCGGAGAAACUCUCACUAUCCAAGCUCGAGUAUGUGUUUGGAUUUAUCCAACCUACUUAUCGACGAAACCAAGAACCUCCAAAGCUUAUCCAGGGAUCUCUUGGGGAUGGAGACUUAACAGUUUGUUAUCGAAACUAUAUAACUUUCAGAACAUCUCCUGAAGAGAACAUUGUCGGGUCAUCCAAUCCCCAGCCGCAGGCGUCAAAAGCUGAAAGUGAAGAUAUUUCGAACGCUUUGUAGGUUUAUUUGAUCAAGGCUUUUGAACCGUAUUUUUGUAAUGGUGAAUAUUGAUUUGGCCUUCGUGCCUUUAUAAAUGUCUUGUUUAAGUGUUAGAUCUUCUUUCCAACUUUUAAUGUU